AUGUCUUCACUAAUAACUGCUGUAUUUAAAGCCACUAUCGGCCUGCUGGUGAAUAAAGGAAGAGAUAAACUGGCAGAAAAGUUGAAUGAGGGUGAUAUUACAGAUCAGAAAUUCCAUGGCCUGAUCGUCCGUGAAAUCGAUGAAAUAAAAUCAAAGUUGGAUGGUUUAGCAAGAAAGGAUUUGUUAGCGAGUAUCAGCCUUUUUAAGGAAGGGAUCGAGUUGUUGUAUGAGGUGUUUGAAAGUGCCAGGUCCGGUAGCGAGCAUCGCGCGAUAACAGCAGCUGCAACGGUUCGUGCUGAGCAAUUCGAUAUUGCUAAAGAAAUAAGGAAUUUGGAACUUUCUUCCCUGGAUGAGUCCGCUACGAGGAAACUUGGGAGAGCGAAGAAGAGAUUUGAAGAAGCUCGUCUUGAAGCAAUAAGAGCUUUUAGUAAUGAAGCUUUGAAAUUGCCUGAUCGUCUGUUAGCUAUGCAAUAUCGACUGAUGGCGACAAUACUGGAGACGGUUGACAAUCCUACCGACGCAUUAGCGGGUUGUAAAGUCUGCCUUGACGAGUUACACCAAGUGCCAGCUGUUAAAGAAUAUUUCAAAGUUGAGUUGGAGGAAGGGUUAAGGGCUCUUUUUAACAAAGACGAAAGAAGGCAAAUAAUUUUUUCUGUCUGUCACGCUAAUCGUGCGAUCUAUGAUGUAAUGAACAUGCUCGGUAGUGUAAAAAGAUGGACGUUGCCUUAUGUUGAAACUGGCAAAGAGAAAGUGGAUCCGCUCCGCGACGAAAGAGUUGUUAAAGCGCUGAAAAAACAAGGUAAUGAACACUGCUGUUNAACUGGCAAAGAGAAAGUGGAUCCGCUCCGCGACGAAAGAGUUGUUAAAGCGCUGAAAAAACAAGGUAAUGAACACUGCUGUUUACUAUGGUCAUUUGGUCAGGAGGGUGAAGAGAAGCACAAGCUAAAGGGUCCGCGUGGUAUCGCUACAAACACCAAAGGACAGUUCCUGAUAGCAGACGAUGGAGAUGAAACCGUGAAGGUGUUUGAUAGCAACGGAAAGUUUGAUUUUAGGUUUGAUCCUCAAACUGAUGACGCCGAUACAAAGUUAUAUGUUUUGGAUGUCGCAACUGCAGGCGAGGACGACGAUAUCUAUCUAUUGGUCGAACUGAAGAAGCCUGGGGCUAAGAUAUGGGAGGUAGAUACGGAAGUGCAGUUUUUUAACAAGACCGAUGACCUACAGUACAAGUUUCCUGUGAGAAGCGGGUACUUGGUCAGCAGACUAACAGUGAGCAGCGGCAAACAGCGCGGCAAAAUUCUGCUGUUGGCAGGCAAGCUUUGCCUGGGCAAGGUUGUUAAUGUUCACGAGCCAAGUGGCGAGCUUGUUUGUAGCUUUGGUGAGAGAGUGUUCAAGUGCGCAACAGAUAUCAUUGCUACUUAUGAUGGUCGCGUCAUGAUAGUGGACAAAGACGAUGACAGUUUGUACUUAUUUGAUGUGGAGGGACACCAGCUUGGCAAAUUUAAUAUCAAAUAUGAGAGAGAUGUCUAUCUUCGCAUUGCAUGUCACCCGGCAAGUGACCAUGUCGUCCUCGCUGGUUAUGAACGAGAGACACGCCGCCUGACGCUGGCUAUAUACACUGUUAAUGGUGAAUUUGUUCGCAGAAUUCAGCUGGAUGAAGAAGUAGAUGCUGUACGUGGAAUAACAGUGACCGUGGAGGGUCACAUUGCUGUGGCUUUUAAGGACAUGGAUGACAAAGGAAAGGUAAUAAUACUACUUGGUUAA